AUGAAGGGCGCCCAGGAAGCUUUCUCAGGCCAGGAUCCUGGCGACACCCCUGCCGAGCCGUCUCCUGCCACACUUCGGCACACCUGGUACUCAAUGGUCUCAGAUGCCGAGACAGAAAGCAUCUUCAUGGAGCCCAUUCACCUCUCCUCAGCCAUUGCAGCCAAACAGAUCAUCAACGAAGAACUCAAGCCACGAGGCGUCAGAGCAUCCUCCGAUUGCCCCGGCCUGCUGGAGUCUGCCGAGCAGCUGCUGGUGGAGGACCUGUACAACCGUGUCAAGGAAAAGAUGGAUGACACCAGCCUGUACAACACCCCCUGUGUCCUGGACCUGCAGCGGGCCCUGCUCCGGGACCGCCAGGAGGUCCCCAGGAAUGAGGUGGAUGAGGUCUGGCCUAAUGUCUUCAUAGCUGAGAAGAGCGUGGCUGUCAACAAAGGGCGGCUGAAGAGGCUGGGGAUCACGCAUGUCCUGAAUGCUGCUCACGGCACCGGCGUUUACACGGGGCUGGGGUUCUACACAGGCCUGGAGAUCCAGUACCUGGGUGUGGAGGUGGAUGACUUACCCGGGGUGGACAUCGCCCAGCACUUCCGAAAGGCUGCAGAGUUCCUGGAUGAAGCCCUGCUGACCUACAAGGGGAAAGUCCUGGUCAGUAGCGAAAUGGGCAUCAGCCGGUCGGCCGUGCUGGUGGUGGCCUAUUUGAUGAUCUUCCACAACAUGGCCAUCUUGGAGGCCUUGAUGACCGUGCGCAAGAAGCGGGCCAUCUACCCCAACGACGGCUUCCUGAAGCAGCUCCGAGAGCUCAACGAGACGCUGAUGGAGGAGAGAGAAGAGGACGAAGGCGCCGAGGAGGAUGGAGAUGAGGACCAGGGGAGCACGCUGGGGGCCAGAGUGCACGCCCUCACCGUGGAGGAGGAAGACGACGCUGCCAGCCACUUGAGUGGCUCUUCCUUGGGGCGGGCGAGCCAGGCCCCCAGGCGCGCCACCCUGAUAAAGGAUGAGGAGGGGGAGGAGGAGGGGGAAGAGGAGGAGAGGCUAUACGGGGACUGGAAGAAGGAGCAAGGCGCCCCCAGGGGUAAGGUCCCCCAGGCGAGAGAGGGCCUGCGCUCGGCCUCCUCUGGCCGGGGCGGGGAGGGGCCUGAGGAUGAGGACGUGGACAGCAUCAUCCGGGACUGGCAGAGCCGCAAUGAGCGGUACCAGGCGGCGCAGCACCACAGCUGGGCCCGGGGGGAGGAGGAGGAGGAGGAAGAGGAAGAGGCGAGCGAGGCUGGGUCCUCCGUGGGGCGGAGGCGGAGACUGAGGCGGAGGCACACGCUGAGCUCGAGCAGCUGGGCUGAGAGCGCGAGCAGCUGGGACGUCCGAGUCCUGCAGCAGCAGCUGGAGCGCGGCGGGAGCAGCGGGCGGCCGCGCUCCGCCUCGACGUCCACGGGGAGCACGUGGGACACGUGGAACGAGAGGCUGCUGGAGAUCGAGGAGGAGGCGGCCCGGGAGUUCCAGCGCCGGAGCUCCGGGGAGGCGGCGGGGCGCAGCGGGCGGGAGGAGGACGAGGAGAGCGUGGCCUCCGAGGCCAGCUCCUUCUCGAACUUCUGCAGCAGGAACAAGGACAAGCUCACGGCCCUCGAGCGCUGGAAGGUCAAGAGAAUCCAGUUUGGAUUCCACAAACGAGACGCGGACGCCGGAAGCCGCGACCUCGAGCCGGGGGCCGAGGCGGCCGAGGGCGAGAAGCAGCCCCAGGACGUGGACCUGACCGCCUACCAGGCCUGGAAGCUGAGGCACCAGAAGGAGCCGGGCGCUGCCAUCCAGGAGGAGGUGGUGGAGCUCGGCCACGGGGAGGACUCCGCCUUGGCCAAGAAGCGGCAGCGGCGGCUGGAGCUGCUGGAGCGGAGCCGGCGGACGCUGGAGGAGAGCCGGUCGGCGGGGAGCUGGGAGGCCGGCAGCUCGGCCGCCAGCGCGAGCAUCCCUCUGGCUGCGCUCCGGUCCGCAGCCUCCUGGGUCGGGGCCGAGGGGGACGCGGCGUCCGGACUCAGCCUCCCGACCACGAGCCUCCGCUCCCACCUGACUCAGGCGGGGAGCGACCGAGGGGGCUGCGCCUCCCCGCACCCCGCCACCCCGCUGCCUAACUUGCCAGUGGGGCCCGGGGACACCAUUUCCCUGGCCAGCAUCCAGCACUGGAUUGCCGACGUGGUCAGCGAGACCCUGGCCCAGAAGCAGAACGAGCUGCUGCUGUUGUCGCGCCCCCAGUCCGUGGCAGACCGCUGCUUCGGGGAUGACCGCGCCUCCGUGCUCAGCGGACCCAGCAGCUCCUCCCUGGGGGGCUGCCCGCGGCCCCCCAGCCAGCCGGGCCCCGGCUCCGGGGCGCAGUCGGUGCUGUCCAACGCCACGUGGAGCUCCAGGCCCGAGCGCCCGGCGGGUCAGGUGAAGGAGGCCAGUACGCCUGUCUACAGCCUCUUUGCCGACCAGGUGGACCUGAAGGAGCUUGGCCGGAAGGAAAAGGAGCUGCGAAUGGAACUCCGGGAGAAGAUGUCCGGGUACAGAAUGGAGAAACUGGCCGCCGACAACAAACGCAGCACUCUGUUCAAGAAGAAGAAGGUCAAGGAAGAAGACGAGGAGGAUGACGUGGGUGACCGCGAGGACGACGCGGACAGCGCCAUCGGGAGCUUCCGAUACUCGUCCCAAAGUAAUUCCCAAAAACCUGACACGGACACCUCCUCCUCCCUGGGUGUCUCGGGUUGCUAUAGAAGCCACAGCAGGGCUGACCGAGAAAUGGAUCGAAGCAUCAAUAAGUGGCUCAGUGGCCUCAAAACCGAGGAGAGAUCUCCGCCCCAAAGCGAGUGGUCUGGAAGCUCCAGAGGGAAGCACGCCAGGUCUUCCCUGCUCCAGGAGACAGAGACUAAACGCUCCAGCUACAAAUUUUCCAAGUCGCACUCGGGGGAACAGGACACCUCCUCCUACGACGAGGCCAACGGCAAGUCUGUCCGGAGCACUUGCCGAUUCUCUUCUUCCUGCACCCGGGAGGGCAGCGAGACGCACACGGUCUCCAGGUCUAAGUUCAGUGAGACCGCGAGCUCCCGAGAGGAAAGCCCGGAGCCCUACUUCUUCUGCCCGACGCCCGAGCCCUCGGAAGGGGACGAGUCCCCCGGGCCGCGCCGCCAACACUGGACCAGGCCCGGAGACUGGCAAGAUGUGGAAGAUUCAUCCAAAUCCGACUUCUCUGAAUUUGGAGCCAAGAGGAAGUUCACGCAGAGCUUCAUGAGGUCUGAAGAGGAUGGGGAGAGAGAGAGAAGGGAAAACAGAGAAGAAGGGAGGUUUGCAUCGGGGCGGAGGUCCCAGUAUCACAGAAGCGCUGACGGAGAAGAAGAGGAAGAGAUGGAUGACGAAGCCAUCAUUGCUGCUUGGCGGCGUCGGCAGGAAGAAACGCGGACUAAGCUGCAGAGAAGGAGGGAGGAUUAGGGUGCGCAAAGCAGAGCUGGGAGGGAAAGAGAAAGCAGGAAGGGUCCCGCAGUUUAGCCCAGAUCUCACCCACUCAUCGAGGUCAUUGGCAUCCUGUUUGAAUGUUGGGCUGUCUGGCCCCGUUUGCCUAUUGCACGAUGGCCCCUAAGAUGUGGGGCCUCACUUAACGUAUUCGGUAGUGUUCCUCAUAGACGAGAGAGGUGAGCUUGAAAGAUUGGCGUGGGCAAACUCCAGCUUACAUCCAAAAAAAGGACGCAGGCCGUGCUUCUGUUUGUGGAAUGUCCCGGUUUUGCCAUGACACCCGGCGCAUCUCCUGUGGCCAGUUCAACCUCCGCCGACAACGCUGCAUUCUGGUUGCUUCUUUGUAAUGCUUUGGAUCUCCAUUAAAUUCGUAUACUGUC